UUAGCCGGACUCCUCGGUCACUCCCUCCCCACCACAACCACCACCACCAUCACCACCCCACCCCACCCCCGCCCGCGUACAUCCUUCAUGAAGGGGAGCAGCCUGCCGCCGCCUGCCGCUGCUCAAACGUGGAGGGAAGGACACGGAGAGGGACGCCUAUUGUUAGUCCGGUGAAAUUUACGACUCCGUCGACAUAUUUAGUGCAUUUUACCUCCGUGCUGGACCCACAGGGAGGAACUGUUUGUUUCUCCCGGAGUCUUCAGGAGCAGAAGCGGCGGUUGAAAGGACAUUAAAGUGUGAGAGGAACUGGCCCAUUCAAGAAGUGUGCACGCCGCUGGACCGUACUCAACAGCAGCAACAUCAGCAUCCACACCUUAGGAGGAGGGGAUGAAACCGGAUGGGGUUACCAUGGAAACCACGGAGCCCACUGAAGCUGCAGCAGAAGCAUCAACUCAACCAGCAGAAGCUGCAAAUGAUGAAGCGCCCGGGGCUACUCCGAAGGCCAAUGGCAGUUCAGUGGCAGCGGACCCUAAGGUCAAACCAAAAGCUGUUGCAACUAAAACACAGCAUGCAGCCAAAUCUGCUGGGGCUUCUGGAUCCAACUCACGGCCAGGUACUUCCUCGCACCGCACGAUGAAUGACGUCAAAUCCUCUAACAAUAGUUCUGCGGCUGCAGUCAAGAAAACAGCAACUGCAGCAAAAGCAGCAUCAGCAGCUGGAGCCGUACCCAAAAGACCCAUGGGUGCAGCAGCAGCAGCAGCAGCUUCCACCACGGUCAAGAACCAAACUAGAGUGCCUGACAAGAAGCCUGUUGGACCUACCAGGACUACCUCUGUUGCUGCAGCCACAGUAACAAAUGGUACCAAACCAACAACAGUGAAUGGCACUACUAAGAAGAGACCAGCAGCUGAGACUGUUAAUGUAGCAAGACCCAAGACCACAGCUACUACCAGCAGACCAACGGUGUCUACUGCCCCGAAACCCAGCACUUCGACCACAACAAAAGCUGGUGGUGUUGCUGUUUCAAAGACCACAAGGCCUGCCACGGCUCCCCUCAACAUCUCGAACUGCAUCCACCACAUCUAGGCCCACCACAGCUACAACUAAGCCCUCCACCGCUGCAACUGCAAAAACAGCUGCUUCUAGAGCUACUGUAGCACCCUCUACUGGCAAGACCGCAGCAGCACAGCCUCCCAAAACUGCUGCUGCAAAGAAAGAUGUUAGUCGACCACCUUCUUCUGCAGUUGCUAAGAGACCUACAACAGCUACAACAACAGCUACUACCAAAAAACCUGAACCCUCUAAACCCACGACCACCAUAAAGCUCAACUCUGCCUCCAAACUGUCUGCGACAGCAAAGACAACAGACCCCAAGGCGUCACAGUCCAAAACUCAACAGCCUGCGAAACCUCCCACAAAGAAACCUAUAGCUGUUGUUCGGUUCCCUGCCUCUAACAAACCACCCCUCGGCCGAACCCCACCUGCCUCUCCAGUCACUAAACCUGCAAAUGGCAGCAUCUCUCAGGCAAAACGUGGAACCAAACCCACUCAGGCUGUCCCACCUUUCACUGCUGCCAGGAAGACAGGGGUUUCAAAUACUACCACACCUGCUGUAGAAGCACAGGGUGCUGCUGGUGCAGCAGCAGUAGCACCUGCCAGUGCAGCGGUAGCAGCUGCCACAGCAGCAACUAUUCUCGCAGAAACACAAGCAGAAGCCCUGGUGGCCUUACCGCAAGGAUCAGUCCUUGCUGCCUCUGCACCAGAAGAGGUCCCUCCUCCAGUCUUGGCACAGGAUACCCCAUCAGAGGCGGUGCCUCAAGAAACAGCUCAAAUCCAUGCAGCUGCUCCCUCUCCUCCACCAAGCCCUGUCACGACAGCCUUACCACAAACAUCUCCACCCCAAGAACAGCCAGAAAGCAGUGCUCCCCUACUAACAACGCAGGAGCAGAUCCCUGCCCCAGCUGAGACUACAUCACCACCUGUGGCCUCCCCUCCAGACCUGUCUGAAGAGUCUGUUUAUUUGUUAACAAACCAAACCCCCUCCACAUCUAAAGUCCCCCCAGCAGCAGCAAAUGCCAUCCCUCAGGUAGCUCCUCCUACCAAUCUAAAUGAGGACGAGGAUGAAGAAGAGAGAGAGGGAAGCCAGCUGGUUUCUGUGUCUGAAAUGAGUGGGACCACACAGCCCACAGAAGAGUCCCGUCCUGGAUCAGCUGGACCAGUGGGGGGGUCUGCUUGGCGAGCAAGUGGAGCCUUGCUCUCUGAGCUGGACUCUGAGGAUGUGAGCGGCAGCCAGCAGGGUGCGUCUGAGUUGAGCGCCCCUGGUGUCCUGGAGGGCACAGAGAGCAUGGAUGACCUGGGAGAUGGCAGCCUCAAAGGAGCCAUUGACAUGGAAGGAGCCUCAGCAGGUUCCCCUGACUUUGAGAGGGUUCCUGACAUACCAGUUAAUGACUUUGAUGAGGACGAAGAUGAUGACGACGAUGACAACGAUCGGGUAUGUGACAUGGACGUGGGCUCAGAGCGGACAGAUGAGCCACAGAGACCCAGGCAUGACAAUGAUGUGGAUGAUGAGGAAGAGGAUGAAGACGUGGAGAUGGCUAGUGAGGGGGUGACGGAGAGCGGGCUGGAGAGCUAUGGGAAUGCAGAUGAGGAUGACUUUGCUGAGGAUGAAAGGCUGGACAACUUGAACAGAGUGGUCCAACCGCCGCCUCCCCCUCCUCUGCUGCCCUCUGCCCCAGCUGCUCAGUGGGACCAACCAAACCCCUUUGCUGAUCCCUGGGCAGAACCUCUUCAGCCACAGCAGGUUCUUGAGCAUGUCUCCCAGGUGGCAGGAGCAGCCGCAGCCAGCCCUUUGGCAGAUCCCUGGCAAGCAGACUCUGAGACCCCAACUCAGGCUCCAGCCCAAGCCUGGCUGGAACUAGGCUCUGCUCCUUUUGCCAUUGAAAACCAAGAGGCUCAUCAUUCCUCUGUCAGAGAUAACCCACAAAAUCUUGAGGCCCAAAUGUACUUUGAUCAGUCCAUCUCAGCCCCGAUGCAGACCCUGGCCCCGGCUCCCCUCUCUGCCCCAGGAAUGUCUCUGUCAAGCACCCUGAGCAGUGAGACCAGCACACCCGAGGAACUCGGUGACUACAAUCGAGAUGGGAGGCUCCAUCCUCAAGAUACACAAGCCCCGGUGCUGUCUCCUCAGCCUGACCUGGACUACCAGGACCUGGGCAUCCACUUGGAGAAAGGAGACAGAGAUGGAGAUGAGGAGGCGGAGGCAGAGACCCUGCCGGCCGAUGAAGUCCUGGGGGGCACCGCAACCGCCCCCGCUUCCAACCCUUCCUCAUCCUCAAUAACGGAGGACGAGGCCAGCGACACAGAGGGAGAAGCUCAGUUGGACGAUUCCCUGGAGACUCCAGUAGUCAGCCACAUUACCUUCGACAGCCAGCCUACAACACAGCGCUGCCUGUCCACUGUGGCGGAGGGAGAGGAGGCAGAGGUGGAGGAGGGCUGCGUAGGUGAAGACACCACCCCACCAUCUGCUACCUCCCUGGCGUCUUAUGGCUUUGACACCAUGACCACAGCUUCAAACUCCAACGCCCAGUCCACAGGGGAGAGCUGCAUUAAGAGCCCCGGCAUCUUCUCCCUGGAGGAGCUCCCCGAGGAGGCCAAGGAGCCCUGUCUCAUCCCGCAGCCUCACAGCCAGCCGUGCCUCGCAGAGCAGCAAUACAUCGAGUGUGGGAAACAGGAAGCAGAGUCAGCCGAUCUUGUCCGGGAGGAAGCGCCGGGGUCAGAGGAAGCCCCAGACCCUUCGUCAACUCUGUGCACUUUGCAGCAACCAGAAGAAAACCCAGAUGACAUCCAGCCUCCGUACUAUUCUGCUAUCUGUGAAAAGACUGAGAACUCUUUUGCAGGCUUCACUGCACUACCGCACCCCCACCGCCGCGAUCACGCAGCAUACCCCAGAACCUACUGCGACAUCGUAAAACCUCUCGUCGCCUCUGCCACCCCGCCGAAGCUGACCUGUGCCGACCUCCCGCCCAGGAGCCUCGGGGGGCAGGCGCUGAGCCCCCAGCUCCGCAGGCUGGAGCAACACCAGAGACAGCUGCAGGAGCUGCAGCAACGCAGGGAGCAGCAGAGCAGACCGCUGGAGGAGGCGGAGCAGGAGAGGAAGAGGAGGGAGGAGGAGGAGCAGAGGAGGAAGAAGGAGGAAGCAGAAGAGGAAAUAAAGAGGAAUAAGGAGGAGGAGGAGAGGAGGAGGAAAGAGCAGGCAGAGGUGACAAAGAAGGAAGAGGAGCUGAAGCAGAGGAGAGACCUUGAACUGCAACUGCAGCAGCAACAGCAGGAGCUGAAGCAAAGGCAGCAGAUCAUGCAGUGGCAGCAAGAGCUGCAGCAGUCUAAUAAAGCUCAGACGGUGCUGCUGUCCCCCUCCUCUGGCCUCUGCACCAUCUAUGAAGCCCUAGAGAACAGUGAUGAAGAGGAGGCUGAAGAUGAAGAAGAGGGAAUAAAUGAGCUGAACCUCACAGAAGAGAAGAAAGAUCCCGAGCAAGAGACGUCAAAUCAAGAAAUAGAUGACGACUGUGAAAGGGUGACAUCAGAUGAACAUCGAGACUCGUCACCGUCAACAGAGAACCCUCCUCCUCACCCAGACUCCCCUCAGACACCCAGCACCCUCUCCCAGGAUGGAGACAGCUCCUCCCCGUGCCCUCCUGAGUCUCCUGAGCGCCCUCCUCCCCUGGACCUGGACUGGGGGAAGAAAGUGGACAUAGUCCAGCAGCUGAUCAAUCAGACCCUGCUGCUGAACGGUGAUGGCUGCUCCUCCCUGCUGCUGAUGCCAGGGGGUGCAGGAGGCACUCUGAGCCCCCUGGAGAGCAGCCUGUGGCCCAGCCUGCUGCCUCCACUCACCCCUCCCUCUGCCACUGUCACCUCUGUCAGUAGUUUCUCCCCAGAGGCCACUGGAAGCUCCCCACAGGGAGAGUGGACAGUGGUAGAGCUGGAGACUCAUCACUGAGGGAUAUGAAACACAACAUCUGCAGUACUGUUAACCAGUAACAACACUCACAGAGCGAUGAUGACACAAGUGCUGUCUGUACACACAGAAACACACACACACACAUACGUAUACAUGUGAAUUCAAGCACACACACACAACAGGGUGAUAUAUAUAUACACACGUGUGCAGAGCAGGCCACAAUUAUUGUCCUGUUACACACAAAUUUACAUUCAUAUUUACUUGUGGAACAGCUGUGAACAGCUGCUGAAACUGAAGUAAAUAUUUGGGCUGGAAAAAACUCCAACCACAAGGAAAAACUCUUAAAGAAGAUAAACUACACCACUUAGUAGAUAUUCAUCACAUUGUACUACAUGGUCAAGGGUUGUUUUAACAUGUCAUUUCUAAAUAUUUCAGAAAAAGAGAGAGAUCAGUAAUUGUUUUGUAGUGAUGAAUGUGGCAGAGUAUUACAGUUCAGUUCAUCACAAAGAUAAUGAAUGAGCCUGAUAAACUGCCCAGUCCUAUAGGUAGACCCUAAACUUUGUGGUGCUGUAGAUCAGUGGUUCCCAACCUAAAAGGGGUCACACAAUAAAUCUGAGGAGUUGCAGGAGGGUUAAAAGACCAGAAGAAAAAACGAUUUCACCACAAUCUGUAGACAGGAACUUUAAGGUUGGGAACCACUGCUAUAGAUUCACUUUGAAGACACAGGGAUUUUUCACUUUACUUUAAAACCAAGUACAUUUUAACACACACACACACACACACACACCACUGAUUCUUGGUGGUGCUACAGUUAAACAGCUGAAAAUUUCUUCUAGGUAUGUAUGCUGUUUACUGAUGCAAAAAAAGUUGAGGGACUUUCUUGUCCUGAAGAAAGACUCUCAGGCAGUGUUUAUCCCCAGACUCACUUCCACUCCCCAUCAAUGUAAAUGGUUAGUAUCAGGGCUUAGAAAGUUGAAGAUUGUUUUACGGCCAUGGUUAUGGUAAGUCAGUGAAGCAGGCCUAAAUGUUAUUUUCCAUGUGUUUUAUUUUCUUUUUUGGGCACAGGAAACUUUUCUAACUUUUGACUUUUUUAUAUUAUAACUCUAACACAGUUUUUAGUUCAGUAUAUGUUUUGUUUAUUCUCCCCAUAUUAAGGUAUCAUAGAGGCAAUGAUAUAGGUCUUCAUUUACCUUUUGUUGGCCUUACAAUAGUCAACAAUAGAAAGUAAAUUCCCCUCUGGUUGCUGAAAUUCCACAAACCUCCCCCAAAAUAGCGCAGACCCAGACGCUGUCCUCAGUGUUAACUACGACACUGCCUGAGAGUCUCUGCUCAGGGGAAGACAGUCUGUGAUGCUGCCAGUGAAGAACCUGCGUCUCAUCUCUGUCUUCCAGAAACCUAAGAAGACAAACACAACACAACAGCACGCUGAAACUCAGCUCCUCUCUUACCUCACACUUGAUAUCCUACACCACGGCAAACACAAACUUUACAGACUAUAAUAUUACAUUUCAAUCCUGUGUACACACACACACACACACACACACACACA